CCCCCGAGUGCGCGCGGCUGACGACAUGGUGCACGGCAGGAUCUCCCGGCUCUCCGUCCGCGACGUGCGCUUCCCCACGUCGCUGGGCGGCCACGGCUCGGACGCCAUGCACACUGAUCCUGAUUACUCAGCGGCCUAUGUUGUCAUAGAAACUGACUCAGAAGAUGGACUCCAGGGCUGUGGCAUUACCUUCACUCUAGGGAAGGGCACCGAAGUUGUUGUCUGUGCUGUGAAUGCCCUGACCCACCAUGUGCUUCACAAAGAUCUCAGGGACAUUGUUGGGGACUUCAGAAGCUUCUACCGGCAGCUGACCAGUGAUGGGCAACUCAGAUGGAUUGGUCCAGAGAAAGGUGUGGUACACCUGGCCACAGCAGCCAUUUUGAAUGCAGUGUGGGACCUUUGGGCCAAGCAGGAGGGAAAGCCUCUGUGGAAGUUACUUGUGGACAUGGAUCCCCGGAUGCUGCUAUCCUGCAUCGAUUUCAGAUACAUCACUGAUGUGCUGACAGAGGAGGAGGCCUACGAAAUACUGCAGAAAGGUCAAGUUGGCAAAAAAGAAAGAGAAAAGCAAAUGCUGACACAUGGUUACCCCGCCUAUACCACGUCGUGCGCCUGGCUGGGGUACUCGGACACCACGCUGAAGCAGCUCUGUGCAGCUGCACUGAAGGAUGGCUGGACCAGGUUUAAAGUAAAGGUUGGGGCUGAUCUCCAAGAUGACAUUCGUAGAUGCCGCCUCAUUAGAGACAUGAUUGGACCAGAGAAGAUUUUGAUGAUGGAUGCCAACCAGCGCUGGGAUGUGCCUGAGGCAGUGGAGUGGAUGUCGAAGCUGGCAGAGUUCAAGCCAUUGUGGAUUGAGGAGCCAACAUCCCCUGAUGACAUCCUGGGGCAUGCCACCAUUUCCAAGGCACUGGCUCCACUAGGCAUUGGUGUCGCCACAGGAGAACAGUGUCACAAUAGGGUGAUAUUUAAGCAACUCCUACAGGCAGAUGCCCUGCAGUUUCUCCAGAUUGACAGCUGCAGACUGGGGAGUGUCAAUGAGAAUCUCUCAGUUUUACUGAUGGCCAAAAAGUUCGGAAUUCCUGUCUGCCCCCAUGCAGGUGGUGUUGGCCUCUGCGAACUAGUGCAGCACUUGAUUAUAUUUGACUUUAUAUCAAUCUCUGGAAGCCUAAAAAACAGGAUGUGUGAAUACGUGGACCACCUGCAUGAACAUUUCAAGUAUCCAGUGAUAAUCAAGCAGGCUUCCUACAUGCCUCCUAAGGCUGCUGGCUAUUCCACAGAAAUGAAGGAGGAAUCAGUGCAGAAACACCAAUACCCACAUGGUGAAGUCUGGAAGAAACUCCUCCCGGCUCAGGAAGAUUAAGUGUUUGGCCCAAAUGCCUCUCUUUUUAUCUCUUAAAUGAAGACUUCAAACUUCAUCCUUCCCAAUUCAGAAAAACAUCAUGUUAGCCUCAUGAAUCAGCUCAUUGUGAUUACUUUGAAAACAUCAAUACAGGCCAGGUGGCUCAUGCCUGUAGUCCUAA